AAACUCAAGUAUUGUGUUGAUUAGGCUGACUUUUACUAAAUAAGUCAUUUAAACAAGCAGGAAAAAUCAUUUUUGGAGAGCGGGAGGGCUAAUAAUUUAGACUUGAGCUGCGUGUGUGAGUGCGGUCUCCCAUCGCAGUGUAGCGCAGACAUGUAGAUGCCUGUUUCCCGAAUGCUCCGCAGGCCUGAUAUUGUUGAGAUAAUCUGCUGAAAACUGAUCCUCUCCACACUAUCGCCUGCAGAGGAACGUGUGGGCACAUCAGCCCCCAACAUCAGGAGCCUUGUCUGUCGCUACAGCAACAGCUAUUACGGCUACAGCAUUCGCCCGGGUUUCUGCCAGACCGCAGUUCUGAUAGACUGUAAACAAGCCGGCACACUGUCCUCUUUAUCAGUCCUGUCCAUCAGUGCCGAAGAAUGUUUACAUGGACGGUAUGAAACAACAAGAAUCUCCAUGCUCUGUUGAAACUACCCCCGAAAUAAAAAAAGAAAAGAAAAGUGGGAUGAUAAAAGAAAGCAUGAGGCGUCUAUACUGUACUAUGGUUGUUCUAAAAGAUGCCUGUCUCUUUAAGAGCCAGUCCUUGGGCAGGUUGGCUUGUUGAGUGGGGAGGUGGAACCUUGUCUGCUUCUACAAACAAGCAUUUCUAUCAACAAAACGUGUCUCACUAGCGGGCUGAGCUUGAGUGUGUGCGCACAUAUACACACUGGGGCUGCGUGCUGAAGUUGAUUCUAUGUUUUACACCUCUAUAUUUGACUUCCUCAUGUACUGUAUGUGAGUUUCAUCAGCACCUGAGGUUUGCAACACUCUUCCAACUGCUCAGGUGUGUCACUUCUAUUUAUUAUCCUACACCAUGAAACUCGCUGUCGUUCUGCUGCUCUGUGGCUGCUGUGUGCUGUUUAAACACAACUGUGAAGCUCAAGUUUUAUUUUCCUCAGAAGAAACGUCUCCGACUCCAUCAGCCAGUAACUGCACGUGUGAAAUUGGCCACGGAAAAUGUGCCGAAAAUGGCGACUGCAGGUGUGAUCCGGGAUGGGGCGGGCCGAUGUGUGACGACUGUGUUCGGAUGCCCGGAUGUGUCCACGGCACCUGUCAUCAGCCCUGGCAGUGCUCCUGCAUGGACGGGUGGGCAGGAAGAUUCUGCGACAAAGAUGUUUACGUGUGCUCCAGACAGCAGCCGUGUCAUAACGGGGCCACUUGUGAACUGAGUGACUCUGGAGAUUAUAGCUGCUUGUGUCCUGAAGGCUUCCACGGCCGGGACUGUGAACUCAAAGCUGGGCCCUGCCAAAAGACCAAAUCUCCCUGCAAGAACGGCGGUCUGUGUGAGGAUCUGGGUGGUUACGCUCCAGAACUGUCCUGUCGAUGCCUUGCAGGAUUCACCGGUGCCCGCUGCGAGACCAACAUGGAUGACUGCCUGAUGCGCCCCUGUGCCAACGGUGCCACCUGUUUGGACGGCGUGAAUCGUUUUUCCUGCCUGUGCCCUGCCGGAUUCACAGGACGUUUCUGCACCAUCAACCUGGACGACUGCGCCAGCCAACCCUGCCUAAACGGAGGACGCUGCAUAGAUCGAGUCUCCAACUUCCAGUGCGUCUGCCCUCUAGGAUUCACCGGGAGAACUUGCGAGUUGGUAUCUCCAACCAAAUCUCCGCUUAAAGCUGAACACAACCCAAACAUGACGCUGAAGCCCUCCCAUUGGACGACUCCAAGCGGAGGCGAGGAACGCCUGCUUAAGAUCACUUUUAGAACUCCAGCCGGUGGAGAAGGGCUGUCGGAGUUUCAGCUCAUCGUUCUGCUGGUUUUAGGUGGGAUGACGCUGGCUGUAGUGGGAUUAACAGCUGCUCUGGUGCUUCGCGGGUAUUUCCAGGACCGAUCGGCUAGCUGUCAGUGCAGACCGGCUCACCGGACGCAGAGGAAACAUUCGCAACAGGAGUGCAAGAUCAGUUUCCUCCAAUCUCCGGAGAAGAAGAGGCUGAACACUGAUGUUAUUUAGCCGGAGAUACAGUUGAUAUCAGAAUUAUUAGCCCCCCUGUAUAUUUUGUUCCCCAAGUUCUGUUUAACAGAGACUUUUUUUCAACACAUUUCUAAACAUAAUAGU